AUGGCGGACAAGCAUACGCCCACAGCAGAUGCAGCGCCGUCCGAUACGCCACCGCCCGAUGCGCUCAGCGAAGGUACGAAUUCACGCACGCUUACGCGAGACCAACGCGCUGUGCUACGCGCAUUUGCCAGUGGCAAUGAGGAAAGGUAUGCUCUCUGCGCGGCUCACCGCAGCAUCGACAAUUGGGCAGAGCUUAGCAUUGCAAUACGAUCGCAAAUAACCAAGGUGGGUGCAUACGGUAUGCUGAUACAGAAUGUGCACGCGAUUGCAUCGAGGCCAACGCCGGUCCUCAGCAAGGCUGCAUGCUUAGCGCCGCUUUUGCGCAAGCGCCAAGCCAACGGGCAGGGAUCGAGUUUGAGGGAUGCAUCCCCGGAGCCCUCGGAUUCCGUGCUUGAGCUAGUCGCCGAUGAGCACGAUCUUACCCAGGCCGACCAGGAAGAUUUCUACCCUGCAAAAAUGGCGCCGCCCGAUCCUGCCUACCCUACGUGGGACGUGUUAUUGGAAGACGAUGCACUGGACCGUGCUUUGGAGAGUGUAUUCAGCAUGCUGGACGAGUUUGAUUCCGCGCCGCCGUUCACCCUCCAGCGGCUUGCUGAGCUGGUACUCGAGCCGCAGCGCCACUAUCAUACCAGGUCCAAGUACCUUGCCGCGCUUAGGCGUGUACUUUCCGUCACAGCUGCGCUCGGCGCACAUGCCGACAUAGGCGUAGACGACGAUGACGACGACGGCGCGCCGCGCGAAAUGCUCGACGUGAGAUCGGCGACAAUCCUUUCCCCGAUACCAUUCCUACACAAGGCCGUACCCAGCUAUGAAGAAGGCCGUAGCAACAGUCUAUCUGGCAUACCGCACGGCCGUGUCGAUGAAGUAGAUACGCCGCGGUCUCCAGGCGAAGCGCACGGCGGGGUGGCUGGGGAAGUACACCCGCUGAGUGCAGCAACGACGGUGGAGAAUAGACCGCUGGACACAAAACGUCUACGUAGCGAAGCCAAAUUACUUUAA